AUUGCAUUGCCAAUCAAAUUGCAAUGUGAUCUGUAUUUCUCUUAUAUUCAAUCUAUACAUUUACUAAUUUUGUACCGACGGGAGAAAAUGUAAAAUCUAACAUACUGAUAAUGCUAUACUUGCAUUUAUUUCCACCUGUUAUGUGAAGUACUUAAGGAAAUAUAGAUUUAACUUUCACUUAUAUUUAUUAGUAAAUAAAUAACGAUGGGUAGCAAUUAUACUUCAUCCUUUAUGUCUAGAAAUUCAGCUUUUAGUCCUUAUAGACUACUAAGACAAGAAAUAGGAUUACCAACCCCCAUUGGUGCAGAAAAUGCAUUGUCAAAAAGUCUUUAUUGUGGCAUGAAACCAAUUGCUUCCUGGGACUACGAAAAGGAUAAUGAUGUUCCUACCGGAGGUGUAUUUAAUCUCGAGUUCUCUCCAGAAGGGAAUUUGUUGGUGGCAGCAUGCGAAAAAAGAUCAAUACAAAUAUUUGACCCUCUCACACAUUAUAGGAUUCGUUCUGUGAAUGUAGCACAUUCAGAUUGUGUCAAUUGUGUUAAAUUCUUAGAUAGUCGAAUGUUUGCAACAUGUUCCGAUGAUGCCACAAUAGCGUUAUGGGACAUUAGAAAUUUAGGAAGAAAAAUCUGUUCGCUCAUCGGUCACUCUAAUUGGGUGAAGAAUAUAGAGUUUUCAGUUAAAGACAAAUUACUAGUCACAUCUGGAUUAGAUGGCAGCAUAUAUACGUGGGAUAUAAAUUCAUAUACGGAAUACAAUGUUGUCCAUCAUAGAGUUUUCCAUGCGUCCGAUUUGAUGAGGUGUAGACUAUCACCUGACGCCAAACAAAUGGUCAUGUGUACAACAGGCGGUUUGUUGGUCAUUAUACACAAUUUGAACUUAUCUACACUGGCACAUGAUCUACGAGGUUUUAAACCCAACUUAUACAGACUGAUGCAAAUGAGCCACCAGCUGAUCCCGAUAGCUGCGAUGUACGACCAUUUGUUUGACGAGGAGCGUCGCGAGAACCGCGUCGAGCUCAUCUCUGACUUCCCCGAGGGUAAUGAUGCGAAGGUCGUCAGUGCCCUACAGAUUCAUCCUCAAGGCUGGUGUGCGUUAAGCAGGAAUAUCAGCCAUGGCGAUCGUUCGGAGUGGUCGUGCAUCCACGACAUCCAGCCUACCGACAGUUCAGACAAGUCAACAUUGGACACGGAGCCGCGAUCUCCGCCCUCGCCCGUGCCCUCGUUGUCUCCGGCGCCGGCUCUGACGUCAGCGAACUUGCCCGUACCCGCGCCCUUGCCCCCCUCGCCGCGCCGCACUCCCCCCGCACGCGCCCGCAGGCUCGCCAGGCACAUGAACUUCAGAAUGCUGCGCCAGCGCAACUCAAACUCAAGGGGGGAAGGUGGCAAUGAGAGAGAGGUUGAGGGCGAGGAGUCGGACUCGGAGUCCGGAGGGAGUGCGCGGGGCGAGGGGGACGGCGAGCCUGCGCAGCCCGCAGCCGCCGCCGCCGCCGCCGCCGCCGCCAACGUUAGGCUGGGACGGGGUGUUCCCAGUAUACAAAAUGAUGUAUGGGAGGCAUCAAUAACAAUCAAACAGCACAGAAUGGUUCAAGAAAUGUAUAUAAGGGGUCAGAUGGGUCGUAACUUCAAUAUGCAACGUAUAAUGGGUUUCGCGACUGGCAUCGCGCCGCCCGCCACGCUGCCCCGCCCCCGCACCACGCCGCGCCCCAUUUCCAUCGCCGUCAGCGAUAGCACAACACCGUCGACGUCAGGGCAGACGCCUGCAAGCCGGCAUGGCGAUGCGGAGGAAGCUACCAAACACUACAUCCGGCAGAACAGACAACGUCUGCUAUAUUAUGUUGAGGAGACCAAUGAAGGCAGGGGCUUUAUCAAGGAGCUGUGCUUUUCCGCAGACGGUAGACUAGUAUGUUCUCCGUUUGGUCGCGGUAUGCAUUUACUAGCCCUGAACAAGGACUGCAGCGAGCUGUGUCACUGCGUGCAGGACUUCCACGGCCCCGCGCCGUUGGUCGAGGUCGGCCAGAGCCUCGGCAUCCACCAGGACCUGGUCGUCAGCUCCAAGUUCAGUCCCCGCCACCAUGUCCUCGUCACCGGCUGUCUCGAGGGUAAAAUAGUGUGGUACGAGCCUUACAGCGGGGAAGGCUUAUUUUAAAUACUUAAUAAAUU